AUGGGGAAGGGCUUAGCGUGGAGCGAGAGCGAGACCAUACAGCUUUGCCUGUCGUGGCUGGAGGUAUCGGAGGACGCAGUGCGUGGUGCAGGACAGAAGAAGAGCACGUUCAGCAGUCGCUUGUAUAGCCAUUGGCUGGAAAACAAGAGACCAGAAGACAAGGAUCCACGAAUGGAGGUCGCGAUAAUGGGACGAUGGAAGAAAUUGCAGCCAGAAGUAACGAAGUUCUGCGGUGUAUAUGCAAAGGGUCACCAGUAG